AUGAGGGACUGCACUUUUUUUAUGGCUAAAAAAGAGUAUAGGAGAAAAGCCAUUCUAAAAUGGAAAAAAAAUAGUGGUCGUCUUGAAAAAAUAGUUGAAAAGUUGGAUAUGGUUGCUUGUACUUUAGGAUUUAAGAAACAGUAUAGAAAAGAAGCCAUUAUAAAGUGGAAAAGAAAAAGACUUAAGAGUAUUGGCAAUAGACAAUUUUCAUCCACCAAAACAGUAGCAAGAACUUUACUUCCUCCUCCUAUGAACAUGACAAAAGGAAAACAUCUCCUAUGGCAGGUUAUUUUGAGUGCUGAUAUUCUUCCUGAUGUUUUAUGUUGCUCUUAUUGUGGUGCCAUGAAAUUUUAUUCAGAAACAUCGAACUUUUGCUGUUUAGAAGGGCGAAUUGUUUUGUCAACUAAUGAACUCCCGUCUAUGAUGCAGAAUUUGUUGACUUCUACAUCUGACCUUGCAAAAUCUUUUAGGACGUAUAUUAGAACAUAUAAUAAUCAUUUUGCAUUUACUUCAUUUGGUGUUAGGGCCGACAAUGAUCUGUCAAAAAGAAAUAUGGGUAUAUAUACUUUCAGAGUACAGGGUCAGGUCUAUCAUUUUCUCAAUGAUUUACAACCUGAUGAGAAAAGUGCCAAAAAUCUUCAACUCUAUUUCCAUGACAAUGAAAAUGAAAUAGAAAACCGAUUUAUGUCUUCUCCACGGUUAUCUAAAGAGUUAAUUGCAAUAUGCAUGGCCUAUCUGCAGCAAAAUCCUUAUGCACGGUUUUUCAGCAAUUUAAGAGAUGUUCCAUGUUUUGCUGAAUACAAGAUUAUUCUUAAGAUUAUCCCCGGACAAGAUCAACGGGUGUAUAACAAACCGGAUGUCUCACAAGUAGCUGCUCUUUGGGUUGAAGGCGAAGUCAAUGGGGAACAAGGUCAAAGGAACAUUGAAGUGAAAACACAUAGUGAUCAGUCCAGAACUGUUCAAUAUUAUUAUGGCUGCUAUGAUCCGUUACAGUAUCCUUUAAUGUUUCCGCUUGGAGAACUUGGUUGGCAUCAGCAUAUUCCGAAAAAAACUGCUUCCCAAAGGAUGAAAGGAGGAAAAGUUAUUUCUGAGGCAGAAACACUCAUCUCACCCUGGGCUGCUACAAAUGUUGAUGAACUACUGGAUAUGGAAGAGAGUGGGCGUAUAGUGGUUGCCCAUCCAAGUGAAGGUGAAAGAUAUUAUCUGAGGAUGCUUUUAUUGAAAAUUCGUUGUCCUAAAUCAUAUGAAGAUCUUAAGGUUUUUAAUGGAGUUCAGGUUGCCACAUUUCGAGAAUCUGCAUUGGUUCAUGGAUAUUUAAUUGAUGAUAACAGUCAACAGUUAUGUCUCCAAGAGGCAUCAGUGUUCAAAAUGUCGUACGAACUACGGAGACUUUUUGCAACGUUACUUGUUUACACGACUCCAAACAAUCCCCGCCAACUGUGGGUAUCUUUUGAGGAUUCGAUGUUGGAAGAUCUUAUACAAUGUGAUCAGUACACGCGUAAAGAAGCUACUAGAUGUGCAUUUCAGCAAGUAAACGCGUUCUUACAAUCAAUAGGAAGACAACUUAAUGAGUUUGAUGUCUUGCCUCCUGACUUUUCAUAUGAUGAUUUGGAAGAUGAAAGAAGAGAAAUAAGAGCAGAAAAGAGUAUUGUUGACCCUCAAAUUUCAAAGGUUCUAAUUGUAGUGGGAGCUGCUGCAGUUUAG